GCCAGCCCGCCCGCCGCCUGUUCGGCGCGUCAGUCCGCGAGAGUCCGGUGGUGGGUGCCGAGCCUGCGGCCGUUCCCGCGUCCUCUUCCUCCUCCCUGUCCCCCCUCACCCCUACCCUGCAUCCCUUUCCCCCUCCCGGCUCCGUCACCCUCCCGUCCUCCACACUCAGGACGAGAAUGCCCUGCCCGGAACAACCCAGCAGCGCCUAGAUGGCUUUGGUCACGGUCCAGCGGUCGCCUACCCCCAGCACCACCUCCAGCCCCUGCGCCUCGAGCUCUCAUUUGGAAGACAGUGAAUCAGCAGCAUUGCUAUGCUAUGAAUGUGAAGAAUCAGAAAUCUUUAGUGAGUCUAAUGAGGCAGACAGUGGGGAAGAGGAAUGCCGAUCACAGCCCAGGAGCAUCAGCGAGAGCUUUCUAACUGUCAAAGGUGCUGCCCUUUUUCUGCCACGAGGAAAUGGCUCAUCCACACCAAGAAUCAGCCACAGGCGCAACAAGCAUGCAGGCGAUCUCCAACAGCAUCUCCAAGCAAUGUUCAUAUUACUCCGCCCAGAAGACAAUAUCAGGCUGGCUGUAAGACUGGAAAGUACUUACCAGAAUCGAACACGCUAUAUGGUAGUGGUUUCAACUAAUGGUAGACAAGACACUGAAGAAAGCAUCGUCCUAGGAAUGGAUUUCUCCUCUAAUGACAGUAGCACUUGUACCAUGGGCUUAGUCCUGCCUCUCUGGAGUGACACUCUAAUUCAUUUGGAUGGUGAUGGUGGGUUCAGCGUAUCAACAGAUAACAGAGUUCACAUAUUCAAACCUGUAUCUGUGCAAGCAAUGUGGUCUGCUCUACAGAGUUUACACAAGGCUUGUGAAGUGGCCAGAAUGCAUAACUACUACCCAGGCAGCCUCUUUCUCACCUGGGUGAGUUACUAUGAGAGCCAUAUCAACUCAGAUCAAUCGUCAGUCAAUGAAUGGAAUGCUAUGCAGGAUGUGCAGUCCCAUCGGCCUGACUCGCCAACUCUCUUCACAGACAUACCAACUGAACGUGAGCGAACAGAAAGGCUAAUUAAAACCAAAUUAAGGGAGAUUAUGAUGCAGAAGGAUUUGGAGAACAUUACAUCUAAAGAGAUCCGAACAGAGUUGGAAAUGCAAAUGGUGUGCAACUUGCGGGAAUUCAAGGAAUUUAUAGAUAAUGAAAUGAUAGUGAUCCUUGGUCAGAUGGAUAGCCCUACACAGAUAUUUGAGCAUGUGUUCUUGGGCUCAGAAUGGAAUGCCUCCAACUUGGAGGACUUACAGAACCGAGGAGUGCGGUAUAUCUUGAAUGUCACUCGAGAGAUAGAUAACUUCUUCCCAGGAGUCUUUGAGUAUCAUAACAUCCGGGUAUAUGAUGAAGAGGCAACGGAUCUCCUGGCUUACUGGAAUGACACUUACAAAUUCAUCUCUAAAGCAAAGAAACAUGGUUCUAAAUGCCUUGUGCACUGCAAGAUGGGGGUGAGUCGCUCAGCCUCCACCGUGAUUGCCUAUGCAAUGAAGGAAUAUGGCUGGAAUCUGGACCGAGCCUAUGACUACGUGAAAGAAAGGCGAACAGUGACCAAGCCCAACCCCAGCUUCAUGAGACAACUGGAAGAAUACCAAGGGAUCUUGCUGGCAAGCAAACAGCGGCAUAAUAAACUGUGGAGAUCUCAUUCAGAUAGCGACCUCUCAGACCACCAUGAACCCAUCAGCAAACCUGGGCUAGAGCUCAACAAGAAGGAGAUCACUACCUCAGCAGACCAGAUUGCUGAGGUGAAGACCACGGAGAGUCACCCACCCAUACCUCCUGUCUUCGUGGAGCGUGUGGUCCCACAAGAUGCAAAUCAGAAAGGCCUGUGUACCAAAGAAAGAAUGAUCUGCUUGGAGUUUACUUCUAGGGAAUUUCAUGCUGGACAGAUUGAGGAUGAAUUAAACUUAAAUGACAUCAAUGGAUGCUCAUCAGGGUGUUGUCUGAAUGAAUCAAAAUUUCCUCUUGACAACUGCCACACAUCCAAAGCCUUAAUCCAACCUGGACAUGCCCCAGAAAUGGCCAACAAGUUCCCAGACUUAACAGUGGAAGAUCUGGAGACAGACGCACUGAAAGCAGACAUGAAUGUCCACUUACUGCCUAUGGAAGAAUUGACGUCUCAACUGAAAGACCUCCCCAUGUCCCCUGAUCCUGAGUCACCAAGCCCCCAACCCAGUUGCCAGGCUGAAAUCUCAGAUUUCAGUACAGAUCGCAUUGACUUUUUCAGCGCCCUAGAGAAGUUUGUAGAGCUCUCGCAAGAAACCCCUCGGUCCCGAUCUUUUUCCCACUCUAGGAUGGAGGAACUAGGUGGAGGAAAGAGUGAGAGCUGUCGAUUCUCAGUGGUAGAAGGAGCCCCUUCCAAAGUGACAGCUGAUGACCAGAGGAGCAGCUCUUUGAGUAAUACUCCCCAUGCAUCUGAAGAAUCUUCAAUGGAUGAGGAACAGUCAAAGGCAAUCUCAGAACUGGUCAGCCCAGACAUUUUCAUGCCGUCUCACUCAGAAAAUGCAAUUUCAGUCAAAGAAAUCGUCACUGAAAUUGAGUCCAUCAGUCAAGGAGUUGGACAGAUCCAACUGAAAGACAUUUUAUCCAACCCAUGCCACACACCAAAGAAGAACACCAUCAAUGAGCUGCCCCUUGAGAGGGCCCAGGCACCAGAGGACAAACCUGGACAUCUGGAACAGGAUGAGGGCUCCUGCACAGCCCAGCCUGAACUAGCCAAAGACUCAGGGAAGUGUGACCCAGAAGGCUACCUAACCACACACUUACUCACAGCAGACUUGGAAGAAGAGGAACCAUCUGAGGAAGAACAAGAGCUCCAGGGCCCAGGGAUGCACGCAGGUGCCAAGUGGUGCCCUGGGUCUGUGAGGCGAGCCACCUUGGAGUUCGAAGAGCGCUUACGGCAGGAGCAAGAGCACCAUGGUGCUGCCCCCAUGUGUACCUCAUUGUCCAUGCGCAAGAAUUCCAAGAAUGAGUCUUCCGUGGCAGACCUAGCACCAAAAGGGAGAAGUGAUGAAGCCACCCCAGAACCUUCAUUUGUCCCCAAGGAACCAGAGAUAAGCAAGGGCAAAGGGAAGUACAGUGGGUCUGAAACUGGCUCACUAUCCCAUUCUGAGCAGAAUGCCACUAGUCCAGCACCCGAGCUGCUGGAGUUUCACCCAAUGCUAGCUCCUCAGGAGUGCCCAGCGUCAGAUACUAGAGCAAAGCAGGAAGGAGUCUUGAAGGAUCAGAGCACUGUGGUUUCACACCAGGAGUCUGAGACACAGGCAGUCCCUCUUCCCCUUCCCAAGAGGAUAGAAAUCAUUGAGUAUACACACACAGUUCCAUCACCUGAUCACACUGGGCCAGGGGGUGAAAUCACCGCCAGUGAAAAGAAUGAAGAGCAAGGACUAAGGAAAGUGAAAGUGGAGAAGUCUGUCACUGUGCUCUGUGCACUGGACGAAAAUCUAAACAGGACUCUAGACCCUGACCAGAUUUCUAUGCAUCCCCACGUGCUACCUCUGCCUCAUUCUUCCUCCCCUGAGCACAACAGGCCCACUGACCACCCAACCUCCAUGCCAAGCAGCCCUGAAGAUGGAGGUAACAGCCCAUCAACAGCCCUGGAGACAGCAGUACCUUUUAUCAGUCACACAACCCAUGUACCAUUUGCCAACUUAGAUUAUCUGCAUCCCCAGACUGUGGUUCACCUGGAAGGCUUCACAGAGCAAAGCAGCACCACAGACGAGCCCUCUACAGAGCAGAUUAGCUGGGAAGAAAGUCAGGAGGGCCCCCUCUCUAGUGGCAAUGAAGUGCCACACAAGGGCUCCCAGUUAGGUAGCAAAGACCUAAGUUUAAUUAGCAAACUUGGUGACAACAUUGGGGAGUUACAGGAAAAACUGGACCCCUCAUCUGUAGCCUAUCAACUCUCACAUAGCUCUAGCAGUGAAAAUAUAAAGGGUCUCAGCCACAGCGCUGGUGUGGUGAAGGAGCGCACUAAAGAAAUCGAGUCCCGGGCGGUUUUCCAGGCAGAGCUCACCAAACCAUCCCAAAUGAGGCGCUCAGCAUCUUUCGCCAAGUUAGGUUACUUGGACCUCUGUAAAGACUGUUUACCAGAGACGGAGCUUAUCUCGUCUGAAUCCCCUCAUCUCAAACAGCUUCAGCCCUUCCUCAGAACAGACUCAGGCAUGCACACCAUGGAGGGCCAAGAGCCCCCUAAAAACCCAGGUGCCCCCCAGAACCCAGAGCCCACCAAGUAUUUUGUAGAACAAUUCAAAACAACAGAGUGUAUUGUGCAGAGCAAGCCAGUGGAGAGGCCCCUUGUGCAGUAUGCCAAAGAAUUUGGUUCCAGUCAGCAGUGUUUGCUCCCCAGGGCAGGACCUGAAUUGACUAGUUCUGAAGGAGGCCUGCCUUUGCUGCAGACCCAGGGACUGCAGCGUGCGGGCCCAGCCCCAGGGCUGGCUGUGGCACCCCGUCAGCAACACGGCAGAACUCACCCCCUUAGGAGACUGAAAAAAGCAAACGAUAAAAAACGGACAACCAACCCCUUCUAUAAUACCAUGUGAUUCUGAGCCUACACAUGUGACUUUCUAAAAGAAAUGUUUGUAAAAGGGGCAGGUGUAAUAUGUAAAGAACAUGCACUUUAUUGGUUAAUUUUAUAAUAUUUUGGUCAUUUUACUGUUUCUAGCGCAUGCAGGGUUUGGGUUUUCAGUGUGUGUGUGUGUUAUAUGUGAGGAGAGAGAGAUUGAUUUGGAUGGCAAGACCAUUUUAUCAUUUUUUAUUUAAAAAAAAUUCAAACCUCAAAAAACCCUCAUUUUCAAAGAACACCUGUAUCAAAGGCAAAUUGCUGUUUUUCAAUCAACUGCCACCUGCUCCUCAUUUUGCCCUCUGAGAAAAAGCAUGGUUGCUUGAUUGAAGGAAGGAAGCAGAUGGGGAGGGUGGAGACGUAGCUGGGAACUGGAAAUGCUCCCCUGGGUCUUUGUGAUGAUGGUUUGGUUUCCAGACCUGAGGCAUCAGAUGGGCUGAAGGGCAGCCAGAAGUCAGAGGGCUCUCAGCCACAGCCCUUUGGAGUUGCUAACGGAGGCAGGUUCUGCUUUGCUUUAAAAGGGGGUCUUCCAGAAUCCAUUUCUUCUGGUGUUCCAGAGUGUAUCAUUACAGAAAGGCAUGAUAAUGGCUGGCUUUGUAAAUUUAUCAAAUAGUUUUUCCCCAAGAAAAUAAUUUUUGAAAUUAAAUUUAAAAAGAACCCCAAAGGAAAUCCCAAUGGUCUUCUGUAGAGGAAAGCAUGAUGAGAGGAUGAAGACGUGAGUUGGGGGUGUAGAGCCCACUGCCCAGUGACUGCUGGGUUGAUGGCAUCCACACAAGUGGUCAUCCUGGCCCUUCCUGCCAGAAAACGUGCUCUGCAGCAUCCUCCCAACUAAAACGCAAUAGUGACAUGUUUGAAAAGCAGCAAUCAAAAGUCAAUGUGUUCUUGUAAAAUGAAUACAUAUGUAGGGUUUUAACCCUUCCAUUACUUGAAUAAUUCUGUGGGCCUUCUGAAUUUAAUGGCCAUAUUUGUUUUUCCUUCCCCGUGCUCUUUCCCUGUGCUGCCUUUUUUUUUAUUCGAUAGAUUAUAUUUGAAUUGUUACAUAUGUAUAACCUCCAUUGAAUGCAACAUUUUCUUUUCUCUGUUAUCAUUGUUUAACACUUGAUAUAAGUUUUUGUUUUCUUUCUUUUCCUGGAAGGUUUGUCAUUUCUCUAAAGUUUAUACACAGUAUUUAUGUACAUAAUGUCUCACUCACUUUCUUACAGUGUUUUGUUGUUGAUGUUGUAGGGUCUUUUAUUCUUUUUAAGAAGGAGUAGAGUUGCAACUGGAAAACACACAAAGACACCAGAAAUAAAACUGAUGGAUGCUAAUAGGAAUCUGUACAGUAUAUUGAUGGUGGUUUGAAUUGUUUAAAUGGAGAAUUCUAAUCACCAGCUCCUGCCAAAUUAUGCAUUAGUAACUUCCUCAGAGGAACCCCUAUAGGCUCCCAUUAGGUCACAGUGUGACUGAAGGCUUAUUUCUUUUUGAGACUGAAAUCCCAGAACGUUGUUUUCUAGUAGCUAAACCACAGCCAGGAAGUGUAUGAGUUUCCCAGAGUGGAACCUCCUUUUGGAGGCCUCGACCAAGGGCAAGUGCCUGUAAUGACUCCAUUUAGGAUGCUGUUGUUUUGUUGCUGUUAUGGAGAUCCUUAACACAGGAGCACCUGCCAUAACAAGCCUCUUUUAGUUUCUUACAGAAAACAUAUUUAGCCUGGAAUGAAACACCUCUGUAGCUUAUUAAAACUGAAAAGGUUUGCAGAUUUGCUUCCUGUUUUCUUUGGUUGAUGUCCACAUCGCUGAGCAUUGACUGAGUACAGACUUGAGAUGAAGUUUUUUGUUCGUCACAGCACUGAGAGGAAAAGACAGAUGCACAGACUGUCAAGGUGAUGUCAGAGGCCAGAGAUUGGUGGAGGCAGGUAGUAAGGUGACCCAAGGGAUGUAGAAAAAAAAGUGAACUGGGGCCAUUCGCAGGUGCUCAGGAGGAGCUGUGAAUCCACUUGCCGUGUGGAAGCCGUGGCUGGUCUGUGGCUGGUCUGACAUCACUGCCAGGAGGCAGGUUGGACAGAAACUACCUGCUAAAAGUGUCUUUGUGGUAUAGUAAUUACGUGUACCUAUGCUGUUGCUCAGUGGUUUCCCUAAAUGUUUAAAUGUAUCAUCCACACAGUUUCGUGAUUCCUGGAUAUUUUGUGUUGUAACGUGUUUUGCUAGGUGGUAUGAACCAGUGUGAGGAGGCUUGUGAAACAGGGAUAUGAACUUCCAGGACUCAUCCAUCUGAACUGCUCUGCCUUGUUGAGGCACUGCCACCAAUAUGAUGGGAAAAGGAGAGGAAAUUGUGGUGGGGUGGGAAGAGGAGGAUCUGCAUGGACAUUAAGAGAGUGGCAUCCACUCAUGGUAACCCCCUGCACUGUCCUCUUUCCUCCCCACAGUGUAUUUAAUCCUCAUUCAUUGCAUUAAAUAGCAACAAAGAUGAGAGGAAACCUGCUUAUGCUGUGAACAUUUCUUAAAAAUAUAUUUUUUUAAAGAGUGAAGGAAAGUCUUGCUUUGCCUUCCUUUUCUUUUUUUUCGUUCCAUUUUUUAUUAUUUAAUUUACCUACCUAAAUAAACAUCUUCUACACAGGGUCUGCAAUUCAACCACGCCAGGUAGUUCUGCCAGUCCUCUCCAACUCCCAGAAUUGGUGGUGUUAUUUACAUGGCUGAGCAGUAUCCAGGGGAGGUACACGAUGAGCUGUCAAGGAUAUUUCAGCCUUCUCUUUAAACUUUUUGAUAGUCCCCAGUGGCCAGUGUCCCUUUUGUGUUCAUGGAAAGCCCAGAUCUGAAAUAGCAGUUUGGUAGAUUGACAGAGAUAAGUAGGAAAAACCUUGACCUCUUCCCAGUUCCUCUCUUUAUAUUUUCUUUUUUUUGAAAACCAUAGUGUCUCAAUUAUUCUAGAGGAGCGUAUGGGUGUAGGCUCACGCAAGUGUGCAUUCAUGCAUAAAAAGAGUUAACUUUUUGGUGCAUAGGGUAGAAGCCCCAAGAGCAUACAGGAUUUGAGCUGGAAUCUGGAUGGUUACCUGGUCAGUAGAAGAGAAACCCCAACCCUUUGCUGAUUUUUAGAAACUUAGGAAUAGUGUAUACUAUAGUAGACAUGUAGUACUGUAGUAUAGUAACAUUCUUCUCUCCUCAUUUUGGUUGCCUUUCAGAUUCUGAAUAUUCCUGAUAUAGCUUCUUCAGGUUCUUUAUUGUCUUCCUGGCUGCGUAUCUUUAUCCCAACUGGUAUUUCCUCUUUCUCAUUUUGCAAACUACCAGAAGGUCCAAGGACAGCCUGAGGAUGACAGCCCAGGCUCUGAAGUCCCUUCCUCUUCACAGGCCCCAGGCAGAUGCUGUUGGUUAGACCUGAAGCUUCCUGUAAGAAGCUUCUAAAACCUAGCAGCUCACAGAAAUCUUCACCUGUUUUACCUGAGGAUUUCAGUUCUGAAGUGAUCUAGGCAUGUUUGGUAAAAAUGUUUUUGUGGGAAUCUCUUUUUGUGUGUGUGUGUGUGUGUGUAUGUGUUUUUUAAAGAAAGCAUUAUGCAGAAAGUCACUUUCAAGGGCAUUUUAAAAUUUUUAAAUAAAGCCAUUCUUUGGCUUUUUUUGGACAACUAUUUGUGGAUAUUUUUGUUUACACUGUGAGUAUUAAAAUGUGCAUCAUCUUGUCGGCCACUCAGCCCUCCAGGCCUAGCUGUCCUGUGAGUCCUCACUCAGAGCAGUGCCGUAAUGGUCAGCCCUUGUGGAUAAGUGGAUAAAACCUGGAGCUGACUUCCAUCUGUGUCCUGCACUCCCAUCCAAUACUCUCUAUGGAAAUAGUCGUCAUUUCCUCAGUGAUGGUGUGUCUUAACAGUGGUGGGUUGUAAUAGUGAAUGGCUAGUGUCAUUUUUGUUUAAUUUUGCUUUGCUUUUUGAUGGUAGACAACAUGAAAUUUUAGCUGUUUCAGCACCAAUCCAACUUAAAAGCAUCUUGGACUUCGUUUUCCCUUCCAAACUAAAAGAUCAAGGCAUGUAUUAGACAUAAGCAUAUUUGCUGCCUCAACUCAUCCAACACCCAUAUUAGGAAAAGGCCUGCCACCAAAGCAGGAAGCUGCACAGUCCUAACCCUUCUCCUGGGGUUUGGGGUCCCUUGAUGCCAUGGAGAGCUAUUGCAAGGUGCUUCUGUACUUUUCCAGCCUGGAAGUGGAGGGUGACUGGCCCUAGCUCCUGCUAUGAAAAGAGAACCAGCCUCAUUUUCUCAAUGCCCUGGAGAUCUAGGACAGGAUUUCUAAACUGGAAUCAUCCCUGAUCAGCUUGAAGAUCCCCCAAGAGGUAUAUGACUGGUGCUGCCAUCUGUGUCCUCACAGUGAAGCUGGUGGCAGCAUCGUGCGUACACAUGCAGAGCCAUUACCCAGGGCUUAACGAGCUGAUGACCCAAACUGAAAACUGGGUAAUGCCCUGAAGUGUUUCCCAAUCAAUAAGCCCACAGGGAAUUGUUUGGUUUUUAUGUUUUGUUGGAUUUUGGUUUGCUUGGCAUAGCUAAAGGUGCCUUUUCUUUUUUUCUUUCUAUUUUGUACAACUUGUUCUAAACAUGGAAAACAAGUCCAGAAGACUCUCCUUCUGACUGUUACCUUUGCCCCAAACCACCCCAAACUUUUAUGUUCACGUUUUAUUGAAUAAAGCAGGUGCUCCCUGGAAUCUCUGGGACCUUUUUGAGGCAUUUGAAGCAGAAUAUAAAGAGUGGUCUCAUCUCCUUCCUUAAUCUUCCUGGUGGUUGGGAUAUUCCACUUGUAUCAUAGAUUUUUUUAUUACUGAUGUGCUCCGCUGUUUUUAAAUGUGAACUUGUGCGCAAACGUGCAGAUUCAAUGUUCUUGUUACAGAUUGAAUAAAUUUUUAUUUUGAAGAUGAAA